AUGGCAUCGUCGGCUGACGCGGACGCGGGCGCGGGCGCGGGCGCAGCGCAACGCCCCCGCCAGGUGGGCACCUGCUUCAACACGGCCAGCGUGCCGUGGCAGCGCGUCAUCAACGCCCGGGGCUUCAUAUCGCCGCGGUCCCGCCCGGACGGGGCGCGCGAACAGGCCGAGGCCCUGGGGGGCGAGGGCGUCCGCGUCGUCCGCGGCGCCGUGGGCGAGCUCGCCGUCGACGUGGCCGAGUUUGGAUGGUUUCCCGACGUCUUGCCGUCCGAGCGGGCGUGCGCUCGCCGUCGCCGGUGA